AUGGUUCCGGCAGGUCUGGACAAUGAGGAGAGAGAAAUCGGGAGCAAUAAGGAGAACAUCGCAAAAAAUGGGGAGAUAAAUACCGACAAAAAAGGCCGUUGGAUGCGAUUGCGAAUGAUCUGGAAACGACGGGUGUAUGUGGAUGUAAUUGACAUAAAGGCGAAGGAAAAGACGAUGUACAAACAAAAUCUCCGAGGGUUUUUACUGGACCAAAACGAGUCUGUAGCCGAGUAA